AUGGGUUGUUUGGGCAACAGUAAGACUGAAGAUCAGCGAAAUGAGGAGAAGGCACAAAGAGAAGCAAACAAAAAGAUAGAGAAACAGCUUCAGAAGGACAAACAGCUAUAUAGAGCAACUCACAGGCUACUACUUUUAGGUAAAUUUGAAUGGAAUCUGAUGUGUUGUAGGCAAGGCCUCAUUGGCAACAUUGUUUAUAUUCCUACAUGACAUGUUAUAUUUGAUGUUGUGAUAUAGGAUUUUGUUUUCUCUGUUUCUUCACAUUUGAUACAUUAUGUGGUAGGCCUGUGUGAUUGUAACAGCUAGUGCCUAAUCUAUAUGAAACAUGGGUGUUGAGCCUCUACAUGUGGGUUGUGGCUGUGUUCUCAGAACUACUAGCUGCUUGAAAACUUUCAAAUCCAUAGGCCUGUGUAUUUCGAGGUGGGCCUAAGUGUGAAAUAAUGAACUCACUCUUUGAGCAUUUCUACCACUGACACUUCUGUACUGUUAUCAUGUAAAAACAGUCUAAAUGUCCUCUAAAUUAUAUUUAAUUAGAAAAUGCCUGAGACCUAGUGUAUUGAAUGUUAUACCAGUAUUUCCGUUGGAGAGGAAGUUGUGGUAACUAAAGUAAGCAGAACAGAGUUCACAUUUAACCAUAAUGUCUACUACAAUGCUGCUUUAUAUAGCACUGUGCUCUUUGCACUUUUCUAUGAUAUGACCAUUUUUUGUUGUGCCAUUGUCAGGUUUUCAGAUGUUGGCAUAUUUGUGAGUUUGAAUUUUGUCAGACAGUGGAGAUAGAAAACCGACCAUGAUUAAGCUCAUACCAUUUGAUAUCACUGUUAUGGGAAAGAAGAUUUUCAAAUUGAAAUUGAGAGUAUAGUUGGCACCUUUAUGCUUGAUUCACGCUAUAGGGUCAAGCCGAGCUCUACUGGGCUAGCCUGGUUAUGCAUCCACCACUGGAACCGUGCUGGAAAGGACAGUGUUAAAAGACUAUAUCAGAGCCAGUACAGUCCGGGUCAGCCCCAUAGGCAUUAGAGUGGAUCUGUGAUGAAGAGCUUCCUUUGUUAUUCUCACAUGGGGAAGUCCACAAACCUAAACUAGCCAAUCUAAAAUAAUCUAUCAGACUUGAUAGAGGUUUUAUGCCUUACUUUGUGUUAGCAUUACACCCCUGGUUAUUAUUAUCAUUAUUAGAUUUCAACAGGUUAAUAUUGCACUCAUUUAUUUAUAUUUUACUGUAUGUGUGGAUUCACCAAACAUCCCCCUAUUGUACAUUUUUUGCCUCAGACACAGUUGGUCUCACACUCAAGGUAGAAGUUGCCCCUAACCACAUCAGUUCAUCCAACUUAAAUCCAGACCUUAACCAACUGGAGAAUACAAGUAUAUCUGACCCUAGACCAGAGGUUAAGGGCAACCUCUUCCAACUCCUGGCCUCUGUCACUGCUGUGUGAGACCUCAGUCAGGUGGCAGAAUAACCCAUUUCAAUUGGAACUUUUCUGAUAGUUCAGCAUUUCAAAUCUGUGAAAUAAACACUAUCACUUUGAACAUGUCUCUCUUUACAAUAACUUUUUUGCAGAUUACUUCUGAGCAUCACAUUCCAAAUGGCCAUCUCGGUUGGCUGUCAGGAUAGUGCAGUGCUCUGUAAUCUUUGAAAUGUUUCUAACCACCUCUUGUUCUCUAUCUCUUUCGUUCGCUCUUUCUCUCUAUACCUUUACACAGGGGCUGGUGAGUCAGGGAAGAGCACCAUAGUGAAACAGAUGCGAAUCCUACAUGUGAAUGGCUUCAAUGCAGAGUAAGUAUCGUUUUAUUCUACAGACUACGUUCCUCAACUGCGAAUAAAGAUCAGGGUUUGAGAUGGGCAGAGGGAUAGGGGAAAUUCCCAGAGGAACCAAGAAUGAAAACAUUCAAAACACUAACUUGACCCUUAUGCGUCUUUCAUGCAUUGGUCUUUCAAUACCUGAAUUGUAUAAUACACACACUAUAUGCACCUGUGCUACAGCACAUGAUGGGAGGGUAAUUACAGUUCCCUCGGUUUGGCUUCAAUAGCGACUAUUACUUACUGUCUAGGUGUCUCGUCUUUAUGUUAUUUUUUAAAUUUUUAUGGAAAUCUUAGAUUGCUGUUGAAGAAUUAUCAGUACGAUUGCAUGGACUUCCAAAAAUGAAAAGCUAAUGUAAAGAUGAGGAGUAAACUUAUUUUGGAACAAACUCUGUGGGGUUCAAGCCCUGCUUGGUGACGGGUGCUAGUGCAUUGGUUGGUGGAGGUUUAAACCCAGGUAAGUAGGUUGGUUGGGGGUUUAGGCCUAAAUGUGGGGAUGGGUGAGGGUCCAUGCCUCUGGGCACUUACAUGCGACUUCUGCUAUCAGAAUACGAUGAUCGCAUUGAAAAGACAAAAGUCGCAUUGUGGUAUGAUUGUGUUCAGAUCUGGCUGACCACCUCAUUAGGUGGUCAGGGAUGCAUUGUGUGCGUAUUUCUCCUCAGUCUGGACUCAAUCAGGCUACCAAAAAGUGCAUACAAUGGGCGACAUCAUCAGCACUCCGCCCACAAGUCUCCAGAAAACGUGUGUUUUGGUAGCGAGAGGCACCUUAUUAUAGUGUUGGAGGACGUACGUUCCUAGCGUGUGAGGAAUGUGUUUGCUGUCCUCAAAUGCUAGCCAAAUAAAUAAUAUUUAGAAAAAAAGUGUUGUUUUACUAGAGUUAUGCAAACCCGUUUGCAAUCCCUUUUAGCUUUGCUAGCUAUCUUGCUGGUUAGCUAAAGAGGUUAGCUGGCUAAUUAGCUACAGUAGUUAGCUUCUGCCAUCAAGUAGUUGUUGUGUUAUCACAUUUAGCCUUUUCCACCGUUUGCAGAAUGCAUACUGGCAUUUGAAUAUAACGCGGGAAAAUGGAAUCCGGACACAAUGUGGACACAUUUAAAUGUAGGUGUAGACGCAUGAUGUGUUCGGAAUUCCAUGAUCAGAAUACAAAAAUGGCAUUAACUGUCAAGUCUAGAUACAGCCUCUGUGCGUUGGUGGGUUGGGUUUUAGUCCCCAGUUUGUGGGGUUAGGUUUGACGGUUCAGGCUCUGGCAUGGUGAGUGGCUUGGGUUAGAUGAGCAAACCAGCACCUAAGGCACCCAGCAGCGUGUGACCCAUCUCGUGACUCCAUAACACUUACAACUGCUGUGUGUGUGUGUGUGUGCGCGCGAAUAUGCUCAGUUCGUCACUUGGUCACAUCCUAGAUCCAGGGUGUCAAACAUACGGCCCGGGGGUAGUUUGACUAAAACAUUUUAAUAAUACUUAUUUGAUUUUUUGGUUGGGGGAAAACAAACUCAAUCUACUUUUAAAAUGACUAAAACCAAAUCGAAACUGUGUAGAAAUUAUAAUGGACCUACAUUCAUACAGUUUCAUGACUGUCCAGCUCGCUAAAAAUCACAGAAAUUAAAGCUAGACAGUCAAGAGAAUCAAAUUCCAAAAACGAUGCAAAUUUUGACGGUGAAGAAAUAUGACCAAUUUUCAGUGUGGCCCUCUGGACCUCGUUGAAGACCGAAUGCCGCCGCCCCCCCGGGCAAAAUAGGUUUGACACGCCUGUCCUAGACAUUUCAAACAUAAAUUGAUUAGUUGGUUGUGUCUGUGUGUUAAGUUAGCUGUACUGUAUAUAACUUCAACUCUAUGGUAUUUGCAAUGGAUAAAAUGUAGGGCAGUGUGACUGACUUCUUGAGCAAUGUUUUCUCGUCAGUCCUGGAGGAAAAGAUACUGUACAAGGAAAAGGAAUAUAAGGAAUUCCAGGAGGUGUUUGGUAGAUUCCUUCAAUCCUGGUGUAUGAUGUUUUUGCAUUCAGUAACUUCCAUUGAACUUCUAUAGGCCUAAUAGCAUGAUAGCUCAUCCAUUUGUGAAACAAAUAUAUUUUGAUUAUUUUGUCUUCUUUAGUACAUUCUUAGAAAAAGCUAGACACUGAUGUAUACACUAACACAUGCUUUCUCCUUCCUUCAAGUUGUUGCCUAUUCUCUCUCUCCGAACACAGACACACACCUACAAGCGAACACAUGCUACUUUGUAAUAGCAUGUGAUUUUUAAUGACUAUCAUGUUGAAAAUGUAAACAAGGCCUUCUCAAUCUACCUCCUAACCCAAUAAACAAGACGGUAUGCCUGUGUGGGAUACAGGCCCUUCUGCUGGCUGUUGCCUAUUCUCUCUACUUUCUCUCCCUUCUCUCGCACCCUUUCCCUUUCUAUCCUUUUAUCUCUCUAUUUGUCGGUGUACCUCUUUCUCCUUCACAUUCUCUCCCUUACUCCUUGAAUGCUGUUUGUGUUUUUGGUGUAAAUUAAACAUCAGUGGUAGUGCACAGUCUGUGAUGGGUACUGCUCAGCAGAACGGUUGUUUUACAAUUUAGUUGUACAUUGAAACAGUCUAGUAAUGGGCUGUUGCAGCUCAGUUACCACUCUUACAAGUGGGGUCAUGCUUGACAUGGGAUCAUUUGUAGCUAUCGUAGCAGGUAGAGUGUAGACACUGGGAGACUGUGACCUGUUAAAUAUGAGUUUCACAUAGUUGAAGAUGUGUGUGGCAGGUUCAGAAGGGAUGAUGUUGAGGUAUUGUGCAUGUGUGCCAGCUGUUUAUAGACUAUUAUCCACAUACAUUUUAGUUUUUUGUUUGCUGUAUCAUCAAUAUAUCUGUUGUGUAUGACAAAAUGAUAUUUGUAAUUUACAACGUGGAAGAUUGAGCUUCGAUGUUUUUUUGCAGAGAGAAGAAGCAGAAAAUUCACGACAUCAAGAAUAAUAUUAAAGAAGCUAUUGAGGUAAGUUUUCGGUUUGAAUAUCACUGUGGGUAGGAAAAUCUAAACAGCUAAGCAUGAAUCAUCAAUAUUUUAUCAAUGAUUAUUGAAUAUAAGAUACCCCAAGACAAUCCUGUGUUGUCACUUGAUCUGUAUUGAUUGUGUGUGUUUGUGUCACUCUUUAGACCAUAGUAGCGGCUAUGAGUACACUGACUCCUCCCGUUCAGCUCGCCAGUCCACACAACCAACAUCGAAUCGAUUAUGUCCUCAACCUAGUCAAUCAGAAGGACUUUGAAUUCACAUCUGUGAGUAUGACAAUGUUUCUACCACCCACACACACACAGAGAUCAUUAUAUAUUGGCAUUGUCUUUUCAUGAAUGUACAGUAUAUACACGCCUGUGUGAGUGAGCACAUGAUUUUUUGUGUGUACUGUGCAUGUGCACAUAUCUAAAGUGCCUUCAGAACAUAUUCAUACCCCUUGACUUAUUCCACAUUUUGUUGUUACAGCCUGAAUUCAAAAUGGGUGAGGAAAACAAAUCUAUUUAAUCCAUCUACACACAAUACCCUAUAAUGACAAAGUGAAAACAAGUUUUUAGAAAUGUUAGCAAAUUUAUUGAAAAUGAAAUACAGAAAUAUCGCAUUUAUGUAAAUAUUCACACCCCUGAGUCAAUACUAUGUAGAAGCACUUUUGGCAGCGAUUACAGCUGUGAAUCUUUCUGGGUAAGUCUCAGCUGGUAGAGCACGGCGCUUGUAACGCCAAGGUAGUGGGUUCGAUCCCCGGGACCACCCAUACACAAAAAUGUAUGCACGCAUGACUGUAAGUCGCUUUGGAUAAAAGCGUCUGCUAAAUGGCAUAUUAUUAUUAUUAUUAUUAUUAUAAAAGCUUUCCACACCUGGAUUCUGCAACAUUUGCCCAUUUAUUUUCAAAAUUCUUCAAGCUCUGUCAAAUUAGUUGUUGAUCAUUGCUAGACAACCAUUUUCAGGUCUUGCCAUAGAUUUUCAAGUAGAUUUAAGUCAAAACUGUAACUCAGCCACUCAGGAACAUUCACUGUCUUCUUGGUAAGCAACUCCAGUUUAGAUUUGGCAUUGUGUUUUAGGUUACUGUCCAGCUGAAAGGUAAAUUAAUCUCCCAGUGUCUGGUGGAAAGCAGACUGCACCAGGUUUUCCUCUAGGAUUUUGCCUGUGCUUGGCUCCAUUCCGUUCUUUUUUAUCCUGAAAAACUCCAGAAUCCUUAACCAUUAGAAGCAUACCCAUAACAUGAUGCAGCCACCACUUUGCUUGAAGAUAUGGAGAGUGGUACUCUGUAAUGUAUUGGAUUUGCCCCAAACAUAACACUGUAUUCAGGAUAAAUAGUUAAUUGCUUUGCCACAUGUUUAGCAGUAUUACUUUAGUGCCUUUUAGAUGCAUGUUUCGGGAAUAUUUGUAUUCUGUAAAGGCUUACUUCUUUUCACUUUGUCAAUUAGGCUAGUAUUGUGGAGUAACUAUGUUGUUGAUCCAUCCUCAGUUUUCUCCUAUCACAGCCAUUAAACUCUGUAACUGUUUUAAAGUCACCAUUGGCCUCAUGGUGAAAUCCCUGAGCAAUUUCCUUCCUCUCUGGCAACAUAGUUAGGAAGGACGCCUGUAUCUCUGUAGUGACUGGGUGUAUUGAUACACCAUCCAAAGUGUAAUUAGUGACUUCACCAUGCUCAAACGGAUAUUCAAUGUCUGCUUUUAAAGGUUUUACCCAUCUACCAAUAGGUGCUCGACUUUGUGAGGCAUUGGAAAACCUCCCUGGUCUUUGUGGUUGAAUCUGUGUUUGAAAUUCACUGCUCGACUGAGGGACCGUACAGAUAAUUGUAUUUGUGUGGAUUUGUAAACAUUUCGAAAAACAUAAUUCCAUUUUGACAUUAUGCGGUAUUGUGUGGAGGCCAGUGACCAAACAUGUAUAUUUAAUCCAUUUUAAAUUCAGGCUGUAACACAACAAAAUGGGGGGAAAGUACAUUCUGAAGGCACUGUACAUGUUCCCUUAGGAAGGCCCAUCCACUAGUAUAAUAAUAAUAUUAUAAUAUGCCAUUUAGCAGACGCUUUUAUCCAAAGCGACUUACAGUCAUGUCAUGUGUGCAUACAUUUUUACGUAUGUAGUAGUCCCUGUUGCAGGUGCCAGCCUCAUGGUACUGGUAGCUCUUUUGGGUUGUGGUACAGUAGUAAUUAGCAGGUAGGGCCUCUAUGGGAUGCCCCUUAGCUAAUUGACUGCCCUGAGGGAAGGCCUGGAGGUCUCUGAGUACCACUGCUUGACACUGAUUGUGCCUUUAACGCCCUAAAUAUCUCUCUGGGACCCACGUGUCUGUGUCAGUGUCACUGGGACCCACACCUGAACAACAGAGUGCUUGCUGGUAGUCUUCAGGCUGUUAGGACUUGGCUGGGAGGGACAUAGGACUCUAUUCAAGUUAAGCAGGUAGCAGGUUUCUGGAUAAGUCAAAAACAUAAUCCAUUUAAUUGAAUUUAUAAUGGCUUUAUCAAUGCAUUGGGAACUUUGUUAUAUAUUGAUCACAGAAACCUUAACGGAUUUGAUUGAAUAGUGUGCACCACAGUGAGUUUUACUUACCCCUAGGACAGACAACAACAUGUUGUCACUCAUCAAAAUGAAAACAACCGAUAGGUUAAUGCUUUGCGUAUAUUUUGCUGUUAUUACGUGUUAAUUUAGAUCCACUUAAGAGUCUUAGGCUGAUACAAAAUGAUCUAUUACGAUUGAAUGGUUGCAUCCCUACCAUUGCGCCAUAGACAGUUAUUGAAGAUUGCUUUGUCUUUUUUCUGGGCCUAGUACACCUGCCAUAACAUCUCUCUCUGAGUUUGGAUGUCUAGGCCUACGUGUGAAGGCGAUGUGAUUGUCUGCUAUCUUGCUCUGUGGUGUUUGGAUGUCUGUGAUUUUAGCUCCUGAUGGAGGGGAGUUGGGGAACUCUAAGGUCAGACAGUGUAACUCUUUCUCUCCCUCCCUCCCUCCCUCCUCUCUGUCACCCCCCAGGCUGAGAGGAAACCGGUUCUACUGGUCACCUGAUCUCAGAGUACAUGUAGAAAAAAAGAGAGGAUGAGGAAAAGGCCUUUAGAAGUGGGGGUAUCUGGGGGUAGAAGUGGGGGCAUCUGGAAGUAGAAGUGGGAGUAUCUGGGGGUAGAAGUGGGGGCAUCUGGGGGUAGAAGUGGGGGCAUCUGGGGGUAGAAGUGGGGGUAUCUGGGGGUAGAAGUGGGGGUAGUUUGUACGGGUAUCUACUGUCUGGGCUAUUCACUUCCAGUUAAUUUAAUGUUUUAAGGUGUCGUUUUUGUUGUGGUAUGGGAUUUAUUUUCAGACUGCUGAUUUCUCGACUGAUGAUAAUGGAAGUCUUAUGGGUUGUCUAAACGCCAGUAAAAUGUACAUUUUCUAAAAUGCAAAGCUACCAGGGACCUCACUUCGUUUCUCAUUUCUCUCGCUACAUGAAGCUAUUGUAGUAGUGUUUACCAUAGAGUUAGAAUGCUAUUGAGGAGAUGCCCAUUCAGCCACAUUUUGCGUAAGGUUUUUGUGUAGCACAUGCUACGUUAUAGGUUGUUGUUUAGAAACCAGGAAAAAGCAACCAGCCAUUGAAACGGAGCCAUGGCCUUCUGAUAAACCUCAACUUGACAAUUGUCCCAUUGCUUCAAAAAAUUGUUAAAGCAAAAUCAAGCUCCCUGUGAUAUAUUUUGCAAAACAAUAACAUUAGUGUAUUUGAGAAAGCCCAUCCCAAAGAAUGAAAUGGAAAUUAUAAAAAAAUUAAUUAAAGGAAAGAUGGCAAUUUCCUUUCUUUUUCGGCAUUAGACCUGCCUAAUUCUCACUUAAAACAUAGUUUUUGUUUGUAAUAGGCUAAAUCACACAUUCUGUUAACAUCUGACUCCAGAGUGAUCUAUUCUUGCAAUUUGUAGUCUAUGACAUUCCAGAUUUAGAUAUCAUAAUUUUUUCACAAAGUAGUUUGGAUGUAGUGAACUACUUUUUCUAAGUAACUUUAGUUCAUUUCAACUGUAUUUUUCUUAAGAGUAGCCUUAGUGUAGCUUAACUUCUUCCAGCGUGAAGUAAUUGGUAGCUUGGUAAACUGUAUUUUCAGAGUAGCUUCCCGAACACUGCAAGCCAGUGAGCAGGAGGGAAACAAUAUAGCAUUGAGUUGUAGCCCCAAAGGAUUCUGGGUCGGCUGCUGUAAUGCAAUAAGGAGUUACUAGAGAGGAGUUUUUUUUUUCUCAAGCGCAUGACUGAUAAUAAAGGAGGACUCUGUUACUAAGACACAUAAUGAGUGCUCUUUUAUGGAGAUGGAUGCAUGGAUUUCAAGUAACCCAAGCCAGCGAAAAAGUGGGACAAAUAUAUUGGGCAGCGAAACCUAAAUGUUAUGCGAGUGUGUGUGGCCCAAUUGUUCCACAAAUGUCCAGUUGUCCAAAAGCAUUUAUUUUAUACAUGACACAGUUUCCUGUUUACCUUCAUGGUCCAAAUGGAGAAGAAUGAAGGGAGAUUUGAGACUAACUACCUUUCCAUGUGCUUUUUAGCCCUCUGAAUGUUGUCCAUGGGGCAGUCACUCUGGUCCUUGAUAAGCUAUGUGAACAUUCCCACUUUAUGCAAAGGUUUUAUCAAACAAGGAUGUAACAGAUUAGCCAUUAGAUAUGACAGUUGACUCCUCUGUUUACACCUGCACCACUUUUGUUUGUCGAGUCAAUGCAAUUAAAUAUGAUUCAUUCAAUAUUAUAUGGGAUUUUGACAUGAUUAUUUAGGGGUAGGUCCGUGAUACCUGCCAAAGAUAAGUCAACUGACCCUCCCAAGCCUGUCGACCAUAUGCAAUCUUAAUUUCUCCUCAUUGAAGGAAACGUUGAAAAACAUGCCUUGUUUUUACUUGAUUUAAGGCACAAUCUAAUUUCAACGGCCUGACUAUGCCACUUGGUUUUUGCUAUAUUGAAGCUCCCCUUGGCCGUUACCCUCACUGGCCACAGAACCUGUUCUCCAGUCAAUAAAUGCCAGAUCCCUAAUAGGUGUGCUGCCCUAUUGGAAUGUCAUUCUUCCCACCCAUAUUCACCUUUUCUGCAUGUACACACGCUCUAGCCAAGCACAAAGGACACAGCGUGUGGUGUCAACAAAGAUGCCGCACAUCGCAGUGCCCUCAAACACAGCAUGGAUGGACAGUGUCCUCUUUUUCGACUUGCUUUAAUUCAGUUGAUCCUCUCUCUCUCUCGUCCUCUCUCACAUUCUCUUUCUCCCCAUGUAUUUCUCUUUCAGGAGUUUUAUGAAAAUGCGAAGACUCUCUGGCAGGACGAGGGCGUGAGGGCGUGUUUUGAGAGAUCCAAUGAGUACCAGCUGAUCGACUGCGCGCAGUAGUAAGUAUGCACUGCACCGCACGCCGAGAGAGGACCAGCAGUCUUUAGUAGCUCCAGUGCCCUUAUACAGGCCUGUGUUGCUGAAAAUAAACAGUAUAGGCCAAAGAUUAGGGGCACGUAUAGCACAGUACCCAAACUGAAAUGUAUUCAAUUUCAUCUGAACUUUAUUGUACAAAGCAAUUUCCUUGAGACUGUUCUGAUUUUCUGUGACAUAAUGGGCAAGUGUUCUGCCUGAAAAAUGGCCCUUGAUGUUUUAUGUAUUCCUAUUGUUGUGGUUGAGGGUCUGUGUAAAAGGACCCGGGAAGUGGUGUGUGGACGCAGAGCUCUGUAAUGGAAGUCCUCAUGAGCUCACACUCUUACUCUGCAUCUCCUCAUCGCGUCUCAGUGCACGCACACCACAGUAUGACAUCACCAGAGCUGUCUGCAUCAACAAUGCCACCUCUCUCUGGCUAUGCGUCUCUCUGCCGCUCUCCCUCGUACUCUCUCGCUCCACGCUCUCUCACACACAUUCUCUUCUUCUCCUUCUUUUCCUCUCCUUCAUGCUUUCUCUCUCAACUGUUGUGUGGCUCCAUCUCCGCAUCUGUGAUGUAGGAUAUUUGCAGCGACAGGGACCAAAAAUGGCAGGUCCUGAGUCAUAAGACGGGAGAUACAGAGAUUUCACCAGUGGUUGGAUGGGGAGGGGGGGGGGGGGGGGGGGGGGAGUACACCACUAAACCACAGUGACUGGAGCCUCAGAGUUAAAUCUGUUAUGGUGGUGUUUGAUUUGAGCUGAUUGUAUAAAACAAAUACAUGUGCUAAUGUUUGAAGAAAUAGUGCUGUGUAUUGGAUUGUGUUACUUAACAGUCUAGGACAACCCCUUCAGGUGGUUCAGAUGGUCCAGUCCAGUUUUGGUCCCUCCCUCUCUCUCCUGCUCUCUCUUUCUUUCACUCACUCUCCUCCACUCUUUCUUUCUUUCACUCACUCUCCCACUCUUUCACUCACUCUCCCACUCUUUCACUCACUCUCCCACUUCCUCUCUCCCAGUCCCUCUUUCUCUCUCUCUUGCUCCCUCUCUUUUUUUCUCUUGUUCUCUUCUUUUUCUUUCUCUCCCUCUCUCAGGCUACUCUAGUCACACAAGAUUUUGAGCUGAUAGUCUAUUUAUAGAGCCUGUAGUUCUGUCUCUAUGGCAACCAUGCUGGAGGCCAGGGAGCUAUUUUUGAAUCUGCUCUGUAAUGUCAGACACUACUUUCUCUCUCCCUCUCUCUUUCACACACAAAUACACACACUUUUUCAAUUGUACUCCCUUCCUACCUAUCCCCCUCCCUCUCUUUCUUACCUCUCACUCUACGCCUUGCCUACCACUUCCUCUCUCCCCCUCCCACUCAGUCUCAUCUCUCUCCCAGUGCCAGAUGUCUGUGUUUGUCUUUUGGGUUCAGGCCGGUGGGCUAGGUCAGGUUUGUGAGUGUGAACCCUUGUGGAAGGAGAGCUUACAGCUUUUACAACAUUAUUCUAUAACGUGUAGGAAAGGAAAAUAGUUCAUCUCCACACCUGUGUUCUUCUGGAGUCUGCAGUUAUCUCUGGCCAUCUUUGUUGCCAUAACAAAGAAUGGUAAAUGCGCACGUACACACACAUCAUCUCUUUGUGUGUUUGUCCUAGUUGGGGCUGGGCGAUAUGGCCUAAAAAUCCUCUAACUUUUUUCAAACUUAUGGGCGAUCCACGAUAUAUAUCGUGUAUAUAUAUAUAUUUUUUCUCUAAAUAAGCAUGGUUGUACAAUUUAAAUGUCAAAUGCACCGCAUUUCAAACAGUCAGCAAUAAUCUAAUGAAUUCAGGGUUUGUGAAGUUAUACCUAGGCUAAAUGUAAGCCUUCCACAACCAUAAGACCCACUAAUAAUUUCAUUCGUUUAUCAAAAUAGUUUAACCUGAUUUUUUUGGUGCAAUAAUCACUGAUCUGGCUUUCAAGUCUGGCUAUGAAAAUGGCCUUUUUUGUUAUAAAUUUAACUAGAACAAUGCAUAAUGCACAUUCACUAAUAAUGACCAACAUUUUGUAGCAGGCAUUAGGCUAUAGAAAAUUAACACAGGUCUCAUCAACAAUCUCUCAAGCCCACUUGCUAGUGAUUAGCCAGCUAAUCUUUUAUAUUUCAAGUUUAGCCAAUUUGGAUCUAUUUGCUAGCUAACAAGGUUGAACAGUUGAACUGUUAUGAACACACCCUUCUGUCUGUCUCCAACUGUUUGAAAAGCAUGUUAGCCUGUCCACGUUGUUCAGAUGUUGAAAUCAAGUGGCCUACAUUAUUUAUCAGAAUGAGAACGAGUUGCCAAUUCCUUAUAUAAUUGUGUUUUAUGCUUUAUGCACAUUUAUAAAACACAGACUAGACAACCAGUAUAACAAAAUACUGCUAGCGGUACAUGGUACACCAAUGCCGCGCGCGACAAACUGAGCAUUGUUUUCCCAGAAUCAAUGUACAUUGAUACGCUCGUUUUAGUAGUGUCUGCUCUGUGCGCAAUUUGAGUAGUUGCGACAUAAGGGUAUCGUUCGAAAAGUUAACUUAUCCUCUAUUACAGUAAAAUAAUGUGUUAUGGUGGCCAUAUGACCGAUUCUGUUGGACCAAACCUCAAACGCAAAUAGCGCGUUGAAACCGCUUGUCAGAGAGGAAGAUUUCAUCUCUCAACUUUGUUGGCGUGAGAGGCAAGGGGAGGGGCUUGUUGUGUGUGUAAACCAAAGAGGCAGAGGCGAAGCGAGAGGUUUCACUCUCGCUAAAAAUCUGUCCAAAAUAAGGCCAACGCGUUUCUAUUGGCUUCUUUUGGAUUUAAGCUUGUCGCCUCUACCUUCCCGCCUUUCAGACAACGACUCCCAUUGUUAGGGCGGAGACGUGCAUCUCGUCAUUAUAUACAGAUCUCUGGUGUAAAUGGGAAGGUGCACACAGCACAGAAGCGCAGACGAGCGAAGGAGACGAGACCAAAAAUACAACAUGAGUACAAGCGGACAUAAACGCUCAUAUAAACGAAAAAAUAACAAAACCUCGAUUCUUGCGAUACAAGGAUUUUGAAUGUCGCGCAAAAACAUAAAUAAAACUAUAUCAAAUAAAUUUGAGAUAUCGCACAGCCCUAGUCCCUUUGUCUCACCCAGUGAGUGCCGACUCAUUCAUGCCAUGUCUCACCUGUAGUUAGGCCUGGCCCAUUCCACCCCACCAUGUCACAUUCCUGGUUAUCCAGAGGCUCGGCAUUCCUCUGUGUUCAGUAUGCUUGGGAGACCGGGCCAGCAUUGUUCUGUCACGCACUGUUGGUACAGUUUGUGAUGUUCAGUUGUAUUAGCCACUCUAUAGGGACUGUUUAAACCCAAGUGAAAUAUCAGUUAACAUUAUAUAUUUGAAUGGGACAUUAGUCUCAAAGUCAGUAUGACUACAGGACUAGAACCAUUGCCAUUCCUGUCAUCUGUAAGUGUCUCUACAAAUGACGUAUAUGCUAGUGUUUCUCUCCACCUCCUUGUUCCUGACCUGGACUGACACUGGUCCCUGGGAUGUUACUAACUGGCUGCUCAGUUAGUUAGCUGACACUGAUUCGAAUCAGUUCUCAAGUUAACUAAAGGACAACAAUACUUAAUGUACAUGUAGUUAAAUAAUUCUACAUAUAUUCCUAAUUUCCUCUUUCUGCAAGUGCUGGAUUUUAACCCACAGCGGUCAAUCCACCAUUCACUGGGAUCUUAACUCCAACACUCUGAUGUCCACAGAUUAACCCAUCUUUCUCACUAUAGUGCUAUUUCCUUUUGCGAUACAUCGCUCUAUUUUACUGUGAUGUCUUACGAGGGUCUUGAACCUCCCUAUUUGUAACAUUUCUACCGAAAUUGCCCUAAAAAUACAUAUUUUACACAAGAGUGUAAUGAUAGUUCCCAUUUACUGAUUGUGGUUUUUCAGAUCCCCUAACAAUACAGUUUUCAUGUCCAUCUGAACCCUGAUAUUAUGACAUAACAACCAUUCCUGGACCUGACUCCAAAAGCGAGCCACCGGUGGAUAGUAUCAGCACAAGGCUGACUUUUCAAUGCCCCAUAUAUUGAGCAUUCUUUUUGUAGCAAGAAUUUUAUAUAAUAGCUUAAAUUAAAAUGACCAGAUUGAUUGUUUUAGAUAUCAGAUAAUAGACCCGAUGCCAAGGUAUUGGGACAUCAAAGACCUGUUCCCAAGUAACUUGAAUUUUAUACGGCAUUGCUGUCUCAAGUCCUACUUGUCAAGUCCUAGUUUUUAUCUAAGUUGGCCUCCAAAGAGGAAGGAGUGAUGGCUUACUGCAGGUCAGUCCCUCCCUAGCAGAAAAAUAGUUGGAGAAACACAGGUCUAUAUAAUUCUAUUGAGCUCAGUGGUCUCUACCUGUCCACACACAGAAAAGCUUCCCAUAAUGCUCACUCACUGAUGAGAAUUCCAUCAUUUUGUCCUUUCCUGUUCAUCCUCCUGAAUCUCUGUUUCUUUCUUCUCCUCAGCUUUCUAGACAAGAUUGAUAUUGUGAAACAGAGUGACUACACUCCCACUGAUCAGGUGAGUUUCCGUGGUCUCAGUGCCGCCAUCACCAGACGCCCAGGGAUACAUCUCAAAUGGCACCCUGUUCCCUGUACAAUGCACUACUUUUGGCCACUACUGUCCCUCCAUCAUCAACUGCCUUUCAUAAUAUUUAUAAAUAUAACACAGAUUAAUGACUCCUGUCUCUCUCUCUCGUCUCUCAGGACCUACUGAGAUGCCGAGUGCUCACCUCUGGGAUCUUCGAAACCAGAUUUCAAGUGGACAAAGUAAAUUUCCAGUGAGUAUAACCCGGGGUUAUCGUCCCAUUCGGUUAUUAGUACAAUACCUGAAGAGCAAUCUCCAACUCAGCCCUGCAGACGUUUAGGAGUCCAUUCAGUGCAGCUAACAUGUGAUUCAUCACUAUGCCACAAGGUGGUAGUGUGUGAUAUAUUGGUCUCACUUUGCCAUUUCUUCCAUAGCAUGUUUGAUGUUGGUGGUCAAAGAGAUGAACGUCGGAAAUGGAUCCAGUGCUUUAACGGUAACACUUGUUUUUCCAAUUGAUCUGGCCAACCCAAUAGAGAAUAACUCACAAACACAAUUCAGAUCUCAUUUAUAGAUGUCUUUAUUUUUAGUCUAGACGGGUCCUAGUCUGUAGCCUCGUUCCACUAAAGGUUUCCUGUAUUUUCCUACCUAUUUACCAUCACCUUUGCUUUUCUGCUAUGCCUGUGUGUUUCGAGCUUAGGCUUAAAGCGAAGUGCCUUUUGACUGUGUCAUUGAUUGCACAUUACAAAACCAGUUUGUCUGAGUCCUUCCUCCCUCUGUCUUCCCCACAGAUGUAACAGCCAUUAUUUUCGUGGUGGCCAGUAGCAGCUACAACAUGGUGAUCCGGGAGGACAAUCAGACCAACCGUUUACAGGAGGCUCUCAAUCUAUUCAAGAACAUCUGGAACAACAGGUGACACACAAACGCACGCAUGCAUGCACACACACCAAUGGCAGUCGGUGCUGUUCGGAGUCCAUUCUUUCAUUUUUUAAUGAGCAUGGCCUUAUUUCUAUUACAGCAUAUUGAAUGACUGUCAUUCAUAUUCCAUUCGCCCAGCUCAGGUUUAGGCUACUACAUGAUACUUGAAUUUACCCUAUACCCAUCAUGAGGUUACUACAACCUAGCCUACAAAUGAAAGUUUAUAACGUAGGUGCACAGGUCAAGAGACAAAUUGGAGUAAUCAAGGUGACAGACAGUGAGUGACACAUUCAAUAACGCCUUGCAUACUGUUGCCUGCAUCUAGCUAAUCUGGGGUGUAAUCAUUAGUCUACUUAAACAAGAGUUUCUAUUGGAGAAAUUCAGGUAGGUCCCUCCUAGGGCUGUGGUGGUCAUAACAUUUUGUCAGCUGGUUAUUGUCAUGCCGGUCUCACGGUAAUUGACCGUUAAUUAACAUAAACACGUUUAGCAUCACCAGGCCUCCACGCAUACAAGCUGCAUACAAGCCGCUGAUGCACGCCUUUGGAACAUCUACAUAAAAAAAAGUAUAUUCAAUCAAUUUAAUAUACACCAUCACAAUAAAUCCAAUAUUUAUUUUAGUCAGGUCUAAAGAAACAUUAUGAUAUGAAUAUUUUUUUUCUUCAGAAGAACAGAAUAUGAGUUGGCCUACUGUAUGUUACCUGGCUAUGCUCCAUGCCAUAGGCUGUAAGCUUGUUCAUUUAGCAGACAAGAUAUGAUUAUAAGUACCUGGCCAUUAUUUUAUAUGAUAUGAUUUUAUAGUAAGAAGAAUAUAAUUGAAUAAAAUAGAAAGGAUAUUUUUCCCAUUCUGGAGCGAGAGUGCGCGCAUAUGAAGUGGCUAUGUUGAGCGUAAAAGUGAUAAUUUGAAACAGGUCCUAAAUGCUAGAUUUAGAGUUAUCUGGCAACUGUAGUGGUGAAUGAUACAAAUCUUAGAGUGCCUUAGAAAUCAAAAGAUAUUUGAGCUGCAUGAUGCGACUAUAGGCUGUUGAUGAUUUGAGAAAGUCGUCCAAAAAUGCUUGCGCUCUGUUCCUUGCUGUACACGCUCUUCUCUCAUCAAGUGAUCAUAUUUUCACCCGUCAGACUAUUCUCAAUUUAAUCUAGUCUUUACUAAUAUGUACAGUUAGUUUAGAUUUUGAAUGGGCAAGAAUAGGGACAAGACAAAAAAGAGGUCUGGAAUAGCGAUUGGAGGCCACUUUCCCGCCAGUACGUUUUUCACUCAUGUCGGUGCUGCACUACAGGUAAUAUUCCGCCCAAACUCUGUAUGCCAUGGCCUUUACCCAGUGCUUAAUUUGGGAAACCAAGUGAAAUCUGUUCUGCAACAUCGAUAGUAACAUGUUUUCACAAUGAAACAUAUUUCAUUAAACUGUUGAAAGCCCCUCUCUCUGCGCGCUGGAAAAAGGAAUGAAGGAGAGAGGGGAGGAGAUGGAAACUCACGGUGGUGAGAUGUCAGCCUAUUAAUUAUGAAAAUGUAUAUAUUUUAAAUGCCCUAUUACUAGGAUAUUCAAAAUAAAAUACAAAUGCACUAUAAUUUUAGACUAGAUCUGAAUUUGUUUAAUUUAGGCUGGACCAAUUAUCUACCAAAGGUACCUUAAAUCAGUAUUUCUUUAUGUUUUUCUGCCAGGUGUAAUAUGCGGUAGGGUACAUAAUUAUUUUAAUUCAGGGGGUUUUUCGGGCUUGGACUCAUACAGUGGGGAAAAAAAGUAUUUAGUCAGCCACCAAUUGUGCAAGUUCUCCCACUUAAAAAGAUGAGAGAGGCCUGUAAUUUUCAUCAUAGGUACACGUCAACUAUGACAGACAAAAUUAGAAAAAAAAAUCCAGAAAAUCACAUUGUAGGAUUUUUAAUGAAUUUAUUGGCAUAUGAUGGUGGAAAAUAAGUAUUUGGUCAAUAACAAAAGUUUCUCAAUACUUUGUUAUAUACCCUUUGUUGGCAAUGACACAGGUCAAACGUUUUCUGUAAGUCUUCACAAGGUUUUCACACACUGUUGCUGGUAUUUUGGCCCAUUCCUCCAUGCAGAUCUCCUCUAGAGCAGUGAUGUUUUGGGGCUGUCGCUGGGCAACACAGACUUUCAACUCCCUCCAAAGAUUUUCUAUGGGGUUGAGAUCUGGAGACUGGCUAGGCCACUCCAGGACCUUGAAAUGCUUCUUACGAAGCCACUCCUUCGUUGCCCGGGCGGUGUGUUUGGGAUCAUUGUCAUGCUGAAAGACCCAGCCACGUGUCAUCUUCAAUGCCCUUGCUGAUGGAAGGAGGGUUUCACUCAAAAUCUCACGAUACAUGGCCCCAUUCAUUCUUUCCUUUACACGGAUCAGUCGUCCUGGUCCCUUUGCAGAAAAACAGCCCCAAAGCAUGAUGUUUCCAACCCCAUGCUUCACAGUAGGUAUGGUGUUCUUUGGAUGCAACUCAGCAUUCUUUGUCCUCCAAACAUGACGAGUUGAGUUUUUACCAAAAAGUUAUAUUUUGGUUUCAUCUGACCAUAUGACAUUCUCCCAAUCCUCUUCUGGAUCAUCCAAAUGCACUUCAGACGGGCCUGGACAUGUACUGGCUUAAGCAGGGGGACACGUCUUGCACUGCAGGAUUUGAGUCCCUGGCGGCGUAGUGUGUUACUGAUGGUUGGCUUUGUUACUUUGGUCCCAGCUCUCAGCAGGUCAUUCACUAGGUCCCCCCGUGUGGUUCUGGGAUUUUUGCUCACCGUUCUUGUGAUCAUUUUGACCCCACGGUGUGAGAUCUUGCAUGGAGCCCCAGAUCGAGGGAGAUUAUCAGUGGUCUUGUAUGUCUUCCAUUUCCUAAUAAUUGCUCCCACAGUUGAUUUCUUCAAACCAAGCUGCUUACCUGUUGCAGAUUCAGUCUUCCCAGCCUGGUGCAGGUCUACAAUUUUGUUUUUGGUGUCCUUUGACAGCUCUUUGGUCUUGGCCAUUGUGAAGUUUGGAGUGUGACUGUUUGAGGUUGUGGACAGGUGUCUUUUAUACUGAUAACAAGUUCAAACAGGUGCCAUUAAUACAGGUAACGAGUGGAGGACAGAGGAGCCUCUUAAAGAAGAAGUUACAGGUCUGUGAGAGCCAGAAAUCUUGCUUGUUUGUAGGUGACCAAAUACUUAUUUUCCACCAUAAUUUGCAAAUAAAUUCAUUAAAAAUCCUACAAUGGGAUUUUCUGGAUUUUUUUUUCUCAAUUUGUCUGUCAUAGUUGACGUGUACCUAUGAUGAAAAUUACAGGCCUCUCUCAUCUUUUUAAGUGGGAGAACUUGCACAAUUGGUGGCUGACUAAAUACUUUUUUGCCCCACUGUAUAUAGGCUUAUGCAUAACCUCUAACAUGCAUAUUGGUGUUUUUAAUUAAUAAUCACUGUAGAAAGCGCUGACCAUUUCGUUGUGUUAGAUUUUGAAACAACAUCUUAAAACACCAGGUUUCCCACUCAGUUUCAACUUGUUGUUGAACUUCUUUCUUCAAAUUGAUCAAUCACAGUGAGGUGAGUUUUAAAAGCACAUACUGUUUUGAUGAUAAGUGUUUGAGGUGAUUUUUGAUGACAUUUGCAUUGAUGUCAGAGUGGUUAGAGGGACAAUAGAGCUCUGAGUACCAGGCCAUUAGGACCUGAUGGUAGUUAGCGAGUUAACUAGCUUGUGUUGUAGUAGUGAGACAAUGGCGAUGGUGGCUGCAGCAGCUGUUAUCAAUUUUAAGGUGGAUGUUGUUGCUAAUUUGUAGCAUCACCCUUUUCAAGAUUAAUUUUCAAACUUCGUUUACAAAUUAUCAUCUGAGUGGCCCUUUUUUGUAGCAGCUUGCAACCGGGCUAUCUCUUUGAACAUUAUAACUGUGUUGCAUUUAAACUUUAGAUCACCAGUUAGUGUGAAGAAUGUGAUCAAAUAUAUUUGCAAUGGGAAGUAAUAGCUGGUUUGUUAAUUUCAUUUUGGAAAUGAAAUGGUUGUGCUUUUGUAUUGUUAUGAUUUCAUGGGGCCUACUGGAGUGAAUGGGCUGCUUAUUCUUUAACAUGAUUUGAUGCUGUGUGUGACUAUUGUCGCCUGUCUAUCAGCCCGGUCUAUGUGUUUCACCAAAACUGGCUCUUCUUCAGCCCAAUGGAGUGCACAGGUAUUAUGGUCGCUGUCCUUUCAGCACCAUGAGCCUGUAACCUCUGAUGUGACACUGUUGUUUAUGCUAUUGGUGAUAGUCUGAUAGUGGUGUUAGGGUACCAUAGGUUGUGUAAACAGUGUCGCAUUAUUUUAUGCUAUGUGUCACAUGUUGUGUCCACUGUCCAAACCGGUUCUGUUUCUGUGUGUGCGCAGCCCGAAGCGCGGCCAGGCCUGUUUGAUUCAUUCAUACAACUAGAAUGGACUGACUACAUAAGAUAUGUCGGGCACAUUUAAGUGAUGGUAUAUUUUCUGUUAUGUUAUUUUGGAGUUUGAUGCGAUGUAUUGGAAGAUUUUUGGUCCCUCUGAAUGCCUAGAUCCUAUAGUCACGGUUCUACACUGUAUUAAUGUUAUAGUCAACAAACUAGAACUAAGGUGUUAGUAAACCCCAAAUCCAAUCCAUGUGUACAAUCACACAGUACGAUGUACAGCAAGCAGUUUAGCAGUUACACCGGGAGCCCCGGUGGCAAUAAGUUAAUAAAACCGAAAGCUUACCUUGACAUGAAAGAGUUGCAGUGUUGGAUAGUCUUAGCCAGCUAGCUAACAUAAAUAGCAUUCCUCUCUGUUUGAGUCAGGUUGUUGAGUAGGCCAAAUUAGCUGCAUUUUCUAACAAAGUGAAAGGUAAACUAAGAAGAAAAAAAGAUACAACGCAAUAUAGCUAGCUCUCUCUGCUGCUUCUCAAUUUGACUAAAUUAAUUUGUUCAAAACUUUACAACUAUUGUCUUUCUCUCACUUUGAGUCAACUACUCACCAUACUUUAUGCACUGCAGUCCUAGCUAGCUGUAGCUUAUACUUUCAGUACUUGAUUCAUUUUCUGAUCCUUUGAUUGGAUGGACAACAUUUUUAGCUCAUACUGCAAGAGCUCUGAUGGUUUGGAUGACGUCCCCCGAAGUCGUCAUAAUUACUGUGUAAGUCUAUGGAAGGGGGUGAGAACCAUGAGCCUCCUAGGUUUUGUAUUGAAGUUAAUGUAAACAGAGGAGGACAUAAAAUAGCUGUCCUCCGGCUACACCAUGGUGCUACCCUAGAGGAUGCUGUUGAGGCUAAUGUUCAUUGCAAAACAGUGUGUUUUAAUCAGUUAUUUGGUGACGUGAAUAUGUUUAGUAUAGUUUUAUCUAAAAAGGGUACAUUUUUUUGAAUGUUUCAUUUUUUAAUUAUGAAAUUCACUGAGUAGGAUGGUCCUACCCUUCCUCCUCUGAGGAGCCUCCACUGACACACACACACACACACACAGAGAAACACACACAACCCAUGACACCCACUAUCCACAAACAAUGAAGAUUCAUUCUAUUCCUCUGUUCUAAUGAAAUGCUCUCAUCAUAAAUAUAAUUUGCUAGCCCUAAAUGACCACUGAUUGCUUUCUACCUGUGUAUUUACCCAGCAUCUCUGUGUGUGUUUGUGUCUCUUUAGGUGGCUGCGGACCAUUUCUGUCAUCCUAUUCCUCAACAAACAGGACCUGCUAGCAGAGAAGGUGUUGGCUGGGAAAUCAAAAAUCGAAGAGUAUUUCCCAGAGUUUGCACGCUACACCACACCGGAUGAUGGUGAGAAGUUGAUACACUUGACUGGUUGUUAACUGUACACACACCCCCACAGAGCACUUCUGCUUUUAGCCACAGUAGGUGGCUCCUGAAUGUUCUUUCCUGUGGCUGAUAAGUAAUCGCCAUAGCGAACUGUGUCACUGACCAUGUGUGAUGGUGUACUAGAAUCCAAUCAUAACACUCAUCAUCAGUCUCUCACGCUUCUAUAGCAACACCAGAACCAGGGGAGGAUCCACGCGUCACGAGGGCAAAGUACUUCAUACGAGAUGAGUUCCUGGUAAGUGCAGAAAUUCCAAUGUCUCCCCUGCUAAUGUUAUCUAGAAUCUUAUGGUAUUGAUUACAAAAUAGGAUCUAAUCACAACAAAAGAUGCCAAAUGAGAUGACUUUCUCUUACUCAUAUUGAAUAAGUGAGCAGGAAGGGUAACAUGCAGUAAGUGUUAGAUUUGUUAUUGAGUCAAGUGGAUGAUGUCCCGAUGGUGCUAGUACUCUGUUGUCUCAUUGUGCUUCACUGUGAUUUCAGAGGAUCAGCACAGCCAGUGGAGACGGCAGGCACUAUUGUUACCCGCAUUUUACCUGCGCCGUCGACACGGAAAACAUCCGCCGGGUCUUCAACGACUGUCGGGACAUCAUUCAGCGGAUGCACCUUCGGCAGUACGAGCUCUUGUGA